AUGGCAGCCAAUCUUUGGCAUAAAUUCUCUAUUUUGAUCUUUACAAUCACAACAUUAUUAACUCUGCCAAUCAUCUCAAUAUUUUCACAAUCUCAACCAAGUAAUAAUACAUGCAAUUCCAUCUUCAUAUCAUAUACCUACAACACAGGUCAUCCUCUCCCGCCCAAUAUCUCCUCAGAUCCUACCCUACAACCCUACCAAUUCAAAUCCACACUCACAAUCAUCAACAACGGUCUACAAGAGCUCAAAUCUUGGCGGGUCUUUCUCCAGUUUCAAAAUAGUGAGUUAUUGGUCUCCGCUUCUAAUGCGAAUUUCCUAGCCCAACCCAACCAAGGGAUACUGGUUUUCGGCAAUUACCCAACUAUUGAUCUCAAGUCAGCAGUUCAAACGGCAGGAGACAUUAAUCAGAUGUCAGUAAUAGUCAAUUUGUUGGGUACUCAGUUUGGUGUUGCUGCACCCGAUAUUCCAUUGCCACAAACCGUUACUCUAGCCAACGACGGUUUUAUUUGCCCAUCACCCGCCAUGAAUGGUAAUAAUGAGCUUGUUUUGUGUUGCACCGAGGAUCCAGAGUACAAAUCUAAUGUCACCUUAAAAGACAACGACUUUUCGCCCUACCAAAACGGGGAUCUCAUCAUCAUGUACGAUGUGAUACAAACGUAUGACUCAAACUAUUGGGCUCAUGUCACAAUAUCGAACCAAAACCCCAUUGCCCGGUUAGACAAUUGGCGCCUGAGCUGGGAUUGGACUGAAGAAGAAUUCAUUUACUCCAUGAAAGGCGCUUAUACUUCUGUCGUGGAUACAACCGACUGUCUAUUUGGAAAACAGGGUCAGUUCUAUAAAGAUCUAGACUUUUCAUCUGCCUUAAAUUGUGAGAGACGCCCAACCAUAAUCGAUCUCCCAAAUUCAAAAACUAAUGACGUUACACUCGGAUCAAUUCCAUCGUGCUGUCGUAACGGAACAAUCUUACCCAGUUCAAUGGAUUUAAGUCGGACCAAAUCAGCCUUCUUGGUUCAAGUUUACAAAAUGCCGCCUUAUCUAAACAGGACAAUCCUCAAUCCGCCUCAGAAUUGGAGGAUAAAUGGAACGUUUGGUUCGGAAUAUUACAAGUGUGCUUCUCCUAUUCGGGUUAGCCCGAGUUCAUUCCCGGAUUCUAGUGGGCUUCCGGUAGAAUCGUCUGCUUUUGCAAGUUGGCAAGUAAUUUGCAAUAUCACAAAAUUUAAAUCCCAAGUACCGAAAUGUUGUGUUUCAUUUUCAUCAUUCUACAACACUUCUAUAAUACCAUGUAAUACUUGUGCCUGCGGUUGUAGCAAUAGCAAAACCAACGGCAAAAACAAAGUAUGUAACGCAAGUGCACCGGCGGCUUUGCUCCCUUUCGAGGCGCUUACUAUUCCACCCGAAAACAGGACAAAAUAUGUUGAAAUUUGGGCGAAGAUGAACCGAAUGCAUCUGUCUGAUCCGAUUCCAUGUGAGGAUAAUUGUGGCAUCAAUAUCAAUUGGCAUUUGGUUUCUGAUUAUAAAGGCGGAUGGACGGCUAGGAUGACUGUUUUGAAUUGGGGUGAAUUGGAUUUCCAUGAUUGGUUUGUGGCAGCGGAUUUGGAUACGACGAUUUCGCGAUUUGAAUCUGCUGAGUCUGUCAAUGGAACUGCACUUACUGGAGAUGAGUAUGGGAUUGUAUUUCUACAAGAUUAUUCCGGGAAGGGAUAUCUUAAUCCUGUAACUGUAAGAAAUGGGCGCAACCCAAGAAAGAAUUUUCGGGUUCCAGGGGUCAUUCAAUCUAUGAUAUCAUUCUCAAAGAAGACAAACCCAGGAUGGAAUUUGGGAAAAGGAGAUGGGUUUCCAAAGAAAGUGUAUUUCAGUGGGGAAGAAUGUUCGAUUCCCUCUUUUGUUCCAAGCAGUGGUUAUAUAUUGCCAACAAAAUUCUUCUCUGUAUGCAGUAUGGUUUUGCUAGUUAUAUUUAUAGAAUGUUUAACUGGAUGUUGUGAAGCUUUCUGCUACAAUUCUGGACAGUUAAGCUAG